AUGAUUUCAUCUGCUUGGUCCAUGGCUUCUGAAAAUAUUAUAAAUCAUUUCGGAAUAAGUAGAGAAGUUAGUAUACUGGGGAUCUCUUUAUAUAUUUGGGGGUUAGGAACUGGACCAAUUUUCUUAAGUCCAAUAUCUGAAUUUUAUGGAAGAAAAGCAACUUAUAUCUUUGGAUUAUCAUUAUGUUGUGCUUUUGAAAUAUUGACUGCAUUUUCUCCGAAUAUUGGUGGAUUACUAUUUGGGAGAUUUAUGUCUGGGUUUUUUGGAUCUUGUUUCCUAAGUGUUGCAGGUGGUACUUUUACCGAUAUGUUUAAAAAGCAUGAAAUUGGUGUUCCUAUAUGUGUUUAUAGUUUGAGUCCAUUUUGUGGACCUGCUUUGGGUCCUCUUGUUAGCGUUUUCAUUAAUGAGAACCUUUAUUGGAGAUGGACUUUCUAUGUCUUGUUGAUUUAUAGCGGAGUGAUGCUAUUACUGAUAAUUUUACUUGUUCCUGAAACUUAUGUACCUGUUUUGUUGAUUAAAAAGGCCAAAAGAAAAAGACAGGAGACUGGUAAUGAUAAAUUCUAUGCACCUUUGGAGAUCAAACAAAAGGAACAAUCACUACUUGCAACUGCAUUUUACUCAUCCAAAAGGCCUUUCUUGUUGUUACUCCAUGAUAGAAUGAUGGCUAUUUUAUGUUUCUAUUCAGGUUUAGUCUUGGCCAUUAUUUACUUGUUUUUUGUUGCAUUCCCAUAUAUUUUCAAGACAGUGUUCAAUUUCAAACCUGUUGGUCAAGGUUUAUCAUUUUUGGGUUUAUUAGUUGGUAUGAUUAUUGGAGGUUUAACUUCACCUAAAUUUCAAUCACUUUAUAAUGAAAUGGUUUCGAAACACGGGAGACCAAAAUCUGAAUAUAGACUGUAUCCAUUGAUGAUUGGAUGUUUUCUUUCUCCCAUCGGGUUAUUUAUCUUUGCAUGGACAUCAUUUGCCAAACUACACUGGAUGGGAGCUAUGGUUGGAACAGCAGUUUAUGGAUGUGGUACUAGUUUGAUUUUCCAAGGUAUUUUCGGUUAUACUGCUGAUGGUUACCGACUAUAUUCUGCAAGUGCAAUGGCAUGUAAUAGUUUGAUGUAUGAACACAUUGGUGCUAAUUGGGGUGGUAGUGUUUUGGCAUUUGCAACACUGGCAAUGAUUCCCUUUCCAUUCCUUUUCUACAAAUACGGUGAGAGAUUGAGAAAUAAGAGUCCUUAUGCCUGGAGUAUGGAUUAA